GCUUCCAAUUUCCCCUCCUCAGCCAACGAGCCGAUCUCAAUCGGAAUCUCAGACACGGCUUCCACUGACGAUCGCACCGCCUAUCACCACUGGUCGCGUUACAGACCGCUGGACAGAACCAACAUUGAUUGGUGUAAAGCCUAUUGCAUCCUCAAAUUCUGCUUCAAGCCAGCCUCCUCCGAUUCAGAAACCGCAGGGUAUGGUGGGCAGGUUGGCGCUACCGGGCUUAGCGGUUGUACCAUGAAACCUGCCGAGAAGGUGAAGGAGAAAUCCUCCUCUUGGAGAGGAGUGCGCGGUCUCGCCUUCACUAAUGAAACAUGGUCGGAUUCCUAACACAAGAAAUCGUGCUACCGUCAUGGACGUUGCGCAAGCUCUGAGUGAGGCGCAGCAGGGAAACGAUUGCGCGCUGAGUCCACCUGCUUCUAGAGUUCCACCUCUGAAUUCUCAAGCUGAGAAGAAGAAGUCGAGCGUCGAGAGAUACUCCACUUUUACGAUGCCGUCACUGAAGGAGGAGAAGACCCCUGUGUCGUCUCCAGCAGGAACAUUGGCAAAAUCAUCUGGGGAGGCGUUGCUGAAUUCUAAACUUGUCAGUGAAAGCCCAAAAGGUAGUCUGGGAGUAAAGCCGACUAUCCAGCGCACUGCGUCGAGUUCAUCUCUAGUGCUCGAUGUUGUGCACAUCGAUCACGCGAACGAGACCCUGCCAAAUGUCGAUGUGGAUGCUCUUUUGAAAUUUGUUCCGCCAACGUUUGGCCCCGACCCAAAGAUUCACACCAUCUCUGUUGAGAUUUUAUCCAUCAAUAACGGCACUGCGAUUCCCGUCCUGCGUGAUACUCAUAUUUUCUACGAUACGGAGGCUUUGGUGAUUGUGCACCGCGUAAAGGCCCGUGACAGUGGACUUGUCUCCACGAAGGUUUGGUGCUGGCAUGGGAAACAAUGCCAAUUUGGAGAAAGAGAGGAGAAGAAGGCAGAUGAGCUUGCAAGACGGUAUGGAUCAACUCUGGAAACGGUGUUCCAACGACGAGAACCUCCAGAGCUUGUUCAUGUUCUGGGAGGAAAGCUUGCGAUCCGACAGGGCAUUCGCGCGCGCUGGUCUUCUGAAAAUACGGCAAUGUACGUGAUGCGCUCAAGCGGGGAACACAUCUUUAUCGAUGAGGUGGAUUUGAACAUCCGAAAUCUGUGUUCGGGCUAUAGCUAUUGCGUCUCAAUCCUUGACCAGAUCUAUGUUUGGCACGGUUGUGGGUCAUCUCCGAAGGAACGCAACGCUGCCCGAGAUUACGCACAGGCCUCCGCUGUGAAUGGGACUUCUAUCACGGAACUUCGAGAAGGUGACAAUGACGUAGAUGACGAGAUGUUCUGGAUGGUACUUGGUGACUCUGGAGAUUAUGCCAAGGCAGACUAUUGGAAAUUCAGAAAUGCCUCUGCCCCCAGUGACCCUCGAUGCUGGAUCGUGGAUGCCACGGUUGAAGGUGACCCGAUUCGUGCUGUUGCAUUGAUAUCGGCAGAGACUAUACUUCAGCAAUCAGUGUAUAUUAUCGACUGCUCUUUGGAAUUCUUUGUCCUGGUUGGAAAAAAUGCACGCUCCAAACGUAUUGAUAUCUCUCUAGCAAUUCAAACCGUCAUGGCCAUGGCAAAGAGAGUGGCAAUAUCUAAACCGUUUUAUCCCACCGUCCAUGUGCUUGUGAUACCUACGCAACUCCCUCUGGACAUGCGGCAUGCCUUCCGCGAUCUUGAUGAGUCUCAAGUGAAUGGGGGCUUCAUCCCCGAUCACAUGAAUAUCCUUUCAACUACCGAGGCGAUUGAGCAUCUGCGCACUUCGUCUUGGGAGAAGGCAGCAUUGCGAGAUCAGAACAUGCUCCCUUUGGGUCUUGACGCAGCUACCAUACCAUCAUCUUGAUAUAUACGCAAGUGCUGACGCCAGAUAUGAACAACUGGAAUGAUCUAUACUGUAGA